CUGGGCUGGGCUGUGCACACGUUGAAUCGUUGCCAGCUAUAAGUAAGUGGAGAGGAGGCAACGAGGAGGGUAUCGAGUGGAUCACGAACGGCGGCGGCGGCUUCCUUUCCUUCUUCUUUCUCUCGCUCUCCAUUCCUGUACUCUAACCAGAGCUUGUAAUUCGCACUUGUAUCUCGAAUUCCCCUGUGCAUGUAAUAGAUCGAGAGAGUAUCUACCAGUACCCUAACAUCUGGUAUCAGAGCCAGGCCACCACCCUUUCACUCCUCAAUUUUCCCCAAUUUUUUUCGUCCACACCCGAUUCCUCCGUUCCACCGGGGACGACGCCAUGCCCGCCGUCAAACCAUCAGAGUGGGAUGCCAUGCCUGCCAAGGAGCAGUUGUUGUGGUAUCUGGAGAGGUUAUGUGCUCAGGCAGACGAGAUGAGCUCAGUGUUGGGUAUUGCACGAGUGGGUGACCCUCCCGUGGUCACCUCGCUUGUCGAUCCGGCGGCCUCAACCACGACGGACGCCUCACCUACACCCGUCCCCGACGUCUCCGGCUCCACCACCAAGCCCCAGGAAGUGCUCGAGGUCAUCCACGACGCGCCCCCUGCUUGCAUCGUGAUGGCGCACAUCACCUGUUCGACGGAUGGCCUGAACCAAGUUGUCGCCACCAAUAGCGUCGACAAGGUCACCAUCGUCUACCACGAGUCCGUCGUCGACCUCAGCGACAAGUUCGGCGCCCUCACCAUUCCUGUGAUGGCCAGCAUCAACCCGCUGCUCCACGUCUAGGUUCCGUCAUGGAAGUCCGUCGCCGACAGCACCCGCGGCGUCGUUGUUGCAGGACCGGACGAGUACACACUCGUGGCGGCCACUCCAGACGUCGCCCUCGAGCUUGCCGUCCUCUCAAGCGUCUCCUUGCCCACCAACAAGCUCCAUGAGGUCCUUGUUGUCUCCCGCAGAGUGUCCCCUGUCUACAUCGGCAUGACGCCUUUCUCUUGUUCGACGAAAUGCUCCAACCAAGUUGGUGCCACUUCGUUCCCAUCUCCAGUCACGACGGCGUCGCUACUCCCAGCAGCCACACAUGAGCUCGUCGCCGACCUCGUUUGUCCUGCUACCAAGACUGUCAAUUCGAUGUAGCCGUUCUAGAAGCAUGACUUGGACAUCUCGCCGCACCCAAGCCACCAAGGCCUGCUGCUACGGCCGAUGCCAUGGCCAUCAUUUGCAGUCAGUGUGCCAUCAGAGGUCUGUCA